AUGGCAUGGCGUGCAAUUUUCAACAGCAGCGUCUAUGCAUCAAGUCCUGAAGAGUUCAGUGCUCAAGAAACAGCGAGGUUCAACACUACCUUGGAACCAUAUUCCACUUUUAAUCAAUUUCCAGAAGAAAAUGCUGCAUUGUUGGGAGGUGCAUGGGCGAGCAACAACGGCAGCAUCAUAAACAGCAGUAACAGCAUGAUGAAUGCCAGUCCUGCCUCCUAUCUCAGUCAACUGCAACCACCUGGUCCCUCGCAGUACAAUCCAUCCUCCCUCAACUACCAGCUGGCGCAACGAGAUACCAUGAGUUACCACUUAAUGUCACCAGCUGGUGUGAGUCUGCCCCCUCUAUCUACCUUCCGACCAGUUGCUCCGAUACCCCCUUCAAAUUCCACACACACCCUCAAUCGAACAGGGCCUGCCAAUGGCUCUAUUGAUGGGAGCACCAGAGGAUCGCAAACUGGAGAUGCUCUCGGCAAGGCGUUGGCCUCCAUAUAUGCUUCCGAUCAAACAAACAGCAGUUACGCAUCGAGUUCAUCCACACCACCCGUGUGUUCACCACCACCUCUUGCUGGUCAGUUUCCACAAGUAUGGAACCAGCACAAUGCAUCUCCUGCUCCCAGGAAGCCUGUCCCACAUAUUAUGACUCAAGGUGACCAGCUGGAUGAUGUCAUCAAUGUGUUACAAAACCAUGCGGGCAUUGUUGAGCAAGACCGGUUGGUACAACUGGACGAUGCCAUCCACAUUCUUCGCAAUCACGCAGAGGGCAGUCAACUCAACAGCAACAACCACAUCAUGAACGCCAGCAACAACUUUCUCAACAACAACAGCAGCAGCAGCAACAACAACAACAGUUUCUUUCCAAGCAACGAAGCAACAACGACGAUGCUCACAUCGCUUCUUAGUCAUUCCACAGCUGGGGACCUGAUGCAACAACAACACCUUUACAACAACAACAACAGCAUUAGCAGCAGUAGCAACAUAUUCACAACAACGCAACAACUACAACAAGAUGGUCUACACCGACUGGAGGUCAUUGAGGUCAGACAAUGUAAUGGUCAGUUGUGGUAA